AUGUUUCUCUUCUGGCCAGAAGCCCUUGAAAAGUUCUUGGACGAUCAUCACUGCUUCAGACUUGCAACUGCCUUGAAUAUCUUCAAGACUGUGUGUCACAUGCCUAUAGCCAAAACGGAUGUGCAGGGGGAAAGAGCCGAUCGUUACAAGGCCGAGGAUAAGGAGGCUUUGGAGACUCUUCAUCGUCGAGAGCAACUUCUGGAAAAGAGGAUGGCGAUUGAAAUGAAAACCGAAAAGCAUACAUCCGCAGAGCUGGAGGAACUGAAUAUAUUGGACAGUGAGCUGAAGGUAUUGAAGGCGAAGUACUGGAAACAUCAGGAUGAAAUGUAUCAGCUUCAGCCAAAAAGGGCAACAAACCGGUUACUAUGUGGCCAAAAGACGUUAGAGCGUGCAAGGCCAGAGGGGGAUGCUGCGUUCGACAAUGCGGAUGCUGCUUCCGCCCGCGCUCAAGUCUGA